AUAACGUUUGUUUCAAGUCAGUUUACAAGACCAUAUCGCAAAAUGACUCUACGUUGGGGCAUCGUAUCCGCUGGAAAAAUCACCAAUGACUUCGCGAAUGCUUUCAACACGUUUCCAGAUGUGGGGGACCAGGUCUUAGCCGCGAUUGCCGCUCGAGACUGGAGUAGAGCUAAAGAGUUUGCCACACUGCACAAGAUUCCUAAAGUAUUUGACAGCUACGAGGAUAUGGCUAAGAGCAAUUCUCUAGAUAUCGCAUACAUCGGUGCAUUGAACCCCGACCAUUAUAAUCUUUCAAAGCUUUUCCUUGAGAAUGGCAAGCACGUGCUAUGUGAGAAGCCACUUUGGUUAAACUUGAAGCAAACGCAGAGUUUGGUCAACAUCGCCAAACAAAAGAAGCGCUUUUUAAUGGAAGCAGUUUGGUCCCGAUUCUCGCCGAUUUACUUGGCGUUGGAGAAAGCGGUGCAAGCUGGGGAAUUCGGAGAGGUGAAACACGUGGACGUUACUUUUGGAACCCCAAUUGCGAUGAUAGAAAAAAAUAGAAAGAAGGAACUUGGAGGGAGCUCGAUACUAACUAUUGGAAUAUACGCGCUCCAAUUCGCACAAUUCAUAUUCAAAGAUGAGCCCGUCAAAGUAACGGCUGUUGGGAACCUGAACGAGUUGGGUGUAGAUGUUACUGAGACAGUAGUUCUGGAGUACCAAGGUGGUAGACGCGCUGCCCUCAACGUGGAUUCGACAGUUAAGUUGUGGAAUAAAGCAACUGUCGUAGGGACUAAAGGCAGGAUAACGCUUGAAGACCCUUUCCAUUUUCCGGAAGUUAUGAUCCGCGUGGAUGGAACAGUUGAAAAAAUACCCUUGCAUACUUCCAACAUCCCAUUUAAAUUUAUGAACAGCGCAGGACUUGUGUACCAGACUCUUGAAGUGGCUAAAUGCAUUAGAAAAGGUCUCUUUGAGUCCCCAAGGAUGCCGCACAAAGAGAGUCUUGUGUUGGCUAAACUUGAAGACACUGUUAGAAGACAAAUCGGCGUUCAUUUUGAUGCAGACGAUGAAAAAUACCCGUAACCAGGUUUAAACUACGAGGAGCUUAAACUCAGAUAAGAGCAUUAGGUGCUAAGUGUUAAUGCCACAUAAGUGCCACUUGUGGUCUAAACUGAAUAAAUAUUUUUUGAUUUUGAUUUUGAAUGUUGUCCCAAAUAAAAAAUAAAUUAUACACAUAACAUACACUUUACUUUGCGCCAUCCAGGAUAUUUUACUUUUUGGCAUAGAAAACAGCUAGACCAAAAAAAGCAAGAGACAUGUUCAUGCCCACAAAUAUUUGUUACUGUGCAGUGAUCAAACUCGCGACCUCUGAGAGUACUUCGGGCCAGUAGCGGCGUAAGGGGGGGGCGGUGGGGGCGGUCCGCCCCGGGUGCCAAGCAUCAGGGGGUGACA